UAUGUGACACUGGCCAUCACGAUAUUCUAAGCCCUUAGUGUUUUAUCUAGUAUACUAGUCCAUUACUGGCUUUUGAGGCUUGUAUGGUGGCUGUGCACACUUCCUGACUGUUGCCUGAAGCAACGCACAUCAGAUGUAUCCAUACUAAAGAGGGAUCCGUCAUAUAUUCCUCUUUGCAUCUUCAUACUAACCACUCCCAAAAAAUGGGGCCUAAAGCCCCAGCUCGCCGCCAGAAACACACAGCUACCUCCCCAGCCCUAGCACCACCAGAGCCCACACAACGACGAACCAGAUCACGGUCUCGGAAAGAGCAAGAUGAGCAAAGCAAGAGCAAAGAACCCACCCCAUCUCAAUCAGCCUCGACGUCAAUUCCAGGUCUCCUAUCCGAGCUCCAACCAUCUACAACCCCAGCCAUCCCCAUCACCCUCAUCACCCCCCUCUCCACCCUGA